UUGGAGGCUAGGAAGUUGUGAAAUCUCAAAUAUGAGUAUUAUGAUAUUCCAGGGAUCUUUGUCUCAUUUUACUGUGUACUGUCGUAUUUAGUAAUGAAGCAUAAGGUCUGAGAUAACUGACCCAGGCCGCUUUUGACAAAAAAUUCUGUGGGCAGCAAUUGUUGUACGAUCUCAUCAUUUUCGCUAAUCGACAAACAGACUUCAAAAAACAUGGAUAACUGUACUUUUCUAAACUCAAGUGUGUCGACUUUAUCGCCAAAUUUUACACUUUCCCUGCCACCAAGAAGAGCAAAAUCCAUGGGAUUGUCCGACGUCGCAAUCUAUUCCACAGUGGGUGUGUUCUGUUUGGUCAUUGACGUUAUAACAUUUUGGGCAGUAAGGUCACGUCGCGGACCGCCUACCAACUUCUCGAUGCUAAAUCUUUUCAUCUCUUCCGUUAUCGCUGUUGUUUACCCAAUCGUGAAAAUGCUUAAGGAUAACCACCUUAUAACAAUUGGACCAAGCCCUUGGCUUUGCAAUUGCUGGGGCUUCUUUCUACGAUACUCUCUGGCGCUAUUGCCCUCCACAAUGGUUGGGAUUUUCUACGAGAUGACGAACGCUAAGAGAUUAAGUCAGACUGGUACUAUGUUAAAGGUCAAAGUCUUUCUGUCCGUGUGGGCGGCCACCUUUCUCCUCAGCUUGCCUGGAUUGGGGACUUAUCGUAUGAAUGAAGAUAGUAACUGCUUAAAGGUUUGCAUUAUGGACUCGAAACUACUACAAAUUACGUACGAGGGUAUUUAUACCUUUUUAAUAUCUGCUGUGCCAUCUAUUUAUAUGAUUUUUGGUUGAUUCGGAGAAUUGUGACAAAACUUUAGUUAUGGAUAACCCGAUUCCUUACGGCCUUCGUAAGAAAAUUAAGAAAAUCCGCUGGGCGUUCUUCUAUAUGGUUUUCUCUCUCAUAUUUUGGCUCCUUCCUGGACCAUUUAUUUUCAUUGUUCGCCUCACCAGCAAGAAAGAUUGGAGAGAAAGCGGGAUAAAUUUUACAGACCGUGGUUUAAUUGGAACUAUCAUACACUGUUUUUAUUCGGCACAGCUUGUGCUCCAACCCAUAUUUUUCCUCUAUGCUCACAACCAGCUUAGUUUGUGGGACUGGUUGCAACGCUGUCCUCUCCUGAGUUUUAUCUGCGCCAGGGCGAUAAGGAGGAAACGAGAACGUCAGAGGAACACAUUUGAAAUUUCGUCCGUGAUGAGGAUGGAAACUUAUGCAGCUACGAGUCAAAUUCAGCCAACUUUCAAAUAUUGAAACCUUUUGUUGUUGCAAAUAUCGCAUAGUUUUCUUUGUCCAUAUCUUAACUGGAAAUACUGCCAAGUAGUAAUUGAAGUGUACCUUUGAAGUCGUCAUUUCAAAAAAAUUCUGUCAACCCUCUGUCCAUUUUUGUAUUUAUUGAUAUGGAAAAGUGAUUUUGAUAAAUGUGAUGUUCUAAAAUUGGAUGAAAAGUGUGAUGUAAAUGCUUACACAUAUAAUAAACUAA